AUGGCUUUCCCUUACAAGAAGGUACUCCUGGUUGGAGCUACAUCUGGUAUCGGCCGUGCUUUAGCCGCAAGCCUUGUCGAACAUGGCUGCUUCGUGAUUGCCGUCGGUCGACGACAGGAUCACCUUGACUCAUUCGUCCAGGAACACGGCGCGGACAAGGCUGCAUCUUUCAAUCUCGAUAUCAGCAAGCUAGAUGCAAUUCCAGACUUUGUGAAGAAUGUGACUUCUUCCCACCCAGAUUUAGACUGCGUCUUCGUCAACUCGGGCAUUCAACGGCGGUCUGUUUUUAGCGAGCCAGAGAGCAUUGAUAUCAAUCAGAUUCAGGAUGAGAUGACAGUCAACUAUGUUUCCUACGUUGCAUUGGCCAAGGAGUUCCUACCCUUUCUCAUGGCUAAAGGAGACACUCCAACAUCACUCAUAUUCACUUCAUCCAAUCUCGCACUGGUUCCCAUUCUUCGCUGCUCCAACUACUGCGCUUCCAAGGCCGCUCUGCAUCAUUGGAUCCUCUGCCUACGGGAGCAGCUAAAGACCACAAACGUCAAAGUGAUUGAGAUCUUCCCACCUAUCGUGCAAACUGAACUGCACGACCCAAAGCACCAACCUGACAUGGCGGAAACGGUUCGUGGCAAGCCGUUUGGUAUCCCAGUAGAGGAGUUUACUAAAGAGACGAUGGAGAAGCUUCUGGCCGGAGAUGACCAGAUUGCAAUCGGUCUGUCGAAUAUCGCUUUUAACAGCUGGGAACAGCAGCGUCAACAGGCUUUUCGCCGAGUGGUUGAGAUGAUGCGAAAAGGCGGGUUUUAA